AUGGGACACGCGCAGAUUGAUUUGCUGUACACGGUGGUGCUGAAGUCGGCGCUGGAAGACGAGGAAACGAACGAGGAAGAGAAGAACGACGUCCGGGCGGUACUUAACACCGUGUUGCUUGCGCAAGAGCCGAUUGGGAUCCAAACCAUCGCGGCCCUCGGCGGAGUGGGCGAUACGUCUCGAGUGGAGUAUGCGCUGCGAUCGCUGAGCUCUGUGCUCUACGAGUCGGGCACGGGUCUGGUAUCAACCCUACACGCCUCGUUUCCGGACUUUAUGUUCGACGAUAAGCGAUCUGGGACCUACUUUUGCGACACAUCCAAGCACAGUCUACCGGUGGCGCGGCGAUGCUUCGAGGUGAUGAAGAAACAGCUACGAAUGAACAUAUGCAAUCUGCCGUCAUCGUUUAUACGCGACAAGGAUGUCAAGAACCUGCACGAGCUGAUGGAAUCGAACAUCUCACCCCUGCUCGCAUAUGUAUGCCGCUAUUGGGCGAACCACCUUCGGCCAGUGCUGGAGGUAGAUGAAAUGCAGGCGGCGCUGGGCGAGUUUGUAUCGACGCGACUGCUGUUCUGGAUGGAGGUGCUGAGCGUGCGGGGAGAUCUAUCUACAGGAGCGGGUACGGUGCAGUUGAUGAAUGCCAAGCAGUGGCUGACGUCAUUUGGGCCCCAAGAGUCUCGGUCAAAGCUGGCGGUGACGAUGGAAGAUGCUAUCAACUUCGUGGCAGGGCACACAUCCAGCCCAGCGUCUGAAUCAACCCCACAUAUCUACAUCUCGUCACUUCCAUUCUGUGCGCGAUCAAGCUAUGUAUACAAGCACUACCGGUCGCGGAUGCAAGGGCUGGUGGAGCUGAAGGGCAGUCUGAUGGACCGCAGAGAGACAGCCGCACUAGCCACCUGGAACAUUCGCUCGCCAGUAUGGUCGGUGGCGUACUCAGGGGAUGGCAGUCAAGUUGCAGUCGGAUGCGGAGACGGAACAGUGAGCAUACGGAACGCAUACGAUGGCACGCUGCUUGUUGGGCCCUGGAAUGCUCACACUGACUAUGUUCUUUCGGUCGCGUUCUCGCCUGAUGGCAGACUUGUUGCCUCGGGGUCAGCUGAUCGUACCAUCGGAGUGUGGGCCGUGCGCACUGGCACUGCUGUUGCCGGCCCAUUCCACGGUCAUUUCGACCCGGUCUACUCGGUUUCGUUCUCACUCGACAGCAAGCGCAUAGUCUCUGGCUCCUUGGACAACACCGUUUGUAUACGGGACACAGCCGAUGGUACACUGCUUGUGGGUCCGUUGCACGGUCAUACCAGCUCGGUCAACUCCGUGACGUUCUCGCCCGACGGCACACUCAUUGCCUCUGCCUCCAGCGACAACACUAUCCGACUGUGGCGCUCUGAUGACGGCACUCCUGCUGCCUCCCCACUUCAAGGUCACACCCACUCUGUCAGGUCUGUUACGUUCACGCCCGAUGGCACUCGACUUGUCAGCGGGUCAAACGACGAGACCGUUCGUGCGUGGAGGGUGUCGGAUGGAUCGGCUGUCGCCACUCCAUUUCAGGGUCAUUCAGGUGGCGUCUACUCGGUGGCAGUGUCGGCGGAUGGCAUGCUUGUUGCAUCUGGAUCUGAAGAUCGUACUGUGCGAGUGUGUAGGAUCAGCGAUGGGUCACUUGCUGCCGGUCCAUUUCUUGGCCAUACUGAUUGGGUUCGGUCAGUUGGGUACUCACCGGAUGGGACGCGAGUCAUCUCUGGCUCUGAUGAUCGGACCGUUCGUGUUUGGAAUGUGCGCGAAGGCAUGAUGUCCCCUGCCUCUUCAGAAGUUUCUCUAUCAGAUAUCACAUCCCUCUCUUUCUCGCCUGAUGGCGCUCAUGUGCUGACAGUGUCGGGUGAGGACGAGAUGCGCAUGUGGGAUGUCUCGAGUGGCAUAUCCCAGCCAGCGCCACCCGACAUCCAGGUUCCUCAUCCUCCAUCUCAUGCAGCACCUCUCGAUAGGUCCUACACUCCUGAAAACAAUACGGAUGGAUGGCUAGUACAGGUUGUGCGCACGGACGACAAGUCUGUGGUUGUUGGGCCGUUUGAUCGCCCCCCUCGAGUAUGGCAGUUCUCUCACGACAGUACCUGCGUCAUUGUGGGCUUUUCGGAUGGCAGGAUUGAGGGGAUAUGUCUGCAGACUGGGCAGACUGCGUUCCAGUUGCGCUCUGCUAACGACGACUGGGUUGACCUGAUUGCAGAGUGGCCCGAUCGUUCCCUUCUUGCCUCCAUUGACGACACUGCGUACUACAGUUCCAGCUUACGAAUCUGGAGCAUGGUUAGCCCUUCACUCUGUUUUCGGUCCUCAGACGAUCCCCCUCUCGACCCAGGGCCAGGUCAGACCCUCUCUGGACUUCACGCCCGAUGCUAUAUCAACAGGGCUGGGUGGAUGGUCAACAAUAACAAUGACCUAUUGCUCUGGCUUCCGUUGGAGAUAGCUGAUGCGGGACUGUCUCCGUUCGCGUCGGUUAUUGUCACAACGUCAGGAACACUACAAGUAUCGAAGCAGACGCUACUGGUCGGGCCGGAGUGGGACAAAUGCUACGUACGGGGCUGA